UGGAGUGUUCCAAUAAUGCGAGUGGCACAUGUGAGCCGCGGGAACAGACCUACUGUUUACAAUGUCAGGGGUGUCGGGUGCGGGGCGGGGGCGCGGAGGGGGCGGCGGCGCGCAGCCUCCGCGCAUCUCGGCGCGCGGCACAUCGACAAGCCGCGCGCCCGGCCGCCGCACCGCCAGUCGCGCUCCGACCGCGCCGCCGCCCGCACGCCCGCGCCCGGCCCCGCGCCGCCCGUCCAUGCUCGUCUGCCGCCCGCUGUCCGCUCGCUCCUCUCCUGCACAAUGUCCGACAGUGAGCCGCGCUGCGGGUGGCGCGCGGCUCUGCGGCGCCGCUUCAACCGCAAGACGCUGCACAAGCGGCUGCCGGUGACGUCGUGGCUGCCGCAGUACAACGCGGAGAAGGCGGUUGGAGACCUGAUCGCCGGCGUGACGGUGGGGCUGACGGUGAUCCCGCAGUCGCUGGCGUACUCCAACAUCGCGGGGCUGCCGCCGCAGCACGGGCUGUACGGCUCGUUCCUGGGCUGCUUCGUGUACAUCGUGCUGGGCGGCUGCCGCGCCGUGCCCGCGGGGCCCACGGCCAUCGCGUCGCUGCUCACGUACCAGGUGGCAGGCGGCGUGGUGGAGAAGGCCAUCCUGCUCAACUUCCUGACGGGCCUGGUGGAGUUGCUCAUGGGCGUGCUGGGCCUGGGCUUCCUCAUCAACUUCGUGUCGGGCCCCGUGUCGUCCGGCUUCACGUCGGCCGUGGCGCUGAUGAUCGCGACAUCGCAGGUCAAGGACCUGUUCGCGAUAUCGGUGAGCGGCACCACGUUCCUGCAGCAGUGGAUCUCCAUCUUCCGCAACCUGCACGCCGCCGCGCUGUGGGACCCCGUGCUCGGCUUCUGCUGCAUCGCGCUGCUGCUCUUCAUGCGGAAACUCGGCAUGAUCAAAUUGGGUGAAAAAUGUGAAGAUGGUCCAAGCACGCGACAGAAAGUGAUCAGCAAAUGCCUGUGGAUGGUGAGCACGUGCCGCAACGCCAUCGUGGUGGUGGCCACCGGCGUGCUGGGCUACUGGCUCGCGGCCACCUACGGCACCUCGCCCGUGCGCCUCAUGGGUGCGAUCCCGUCGGGCGUGCCGCUGCCGCAGCUGCCGCCCUUCAGCUACGUGCGCGCAGACAACUCCACGGCCGACUUCCUGGACAUGGUGUCGGAGCUGGGCUCCGGCCUGCUCGUCAUCCCGCUCAUCGUGCUGCUGGAGGACAUCGCCAUCUGCAAGGCGUUCUCCGACGGCCGCACCAUCGACGCCACGCAGGAGAUGAUCGCGCUGGGCGUGGCCAGCGUGGCCAACUCCUUCAUGCAGGCGUACCCGGGCGGCGGCUCGCUGGCGCGCUCCGUCGUCUCCAACGGCUCGGGCGUCAAGACCACCUUCAACGGCCUGUACACGGGCGUCAUGGUGAUCCUCGCGCUGCAGUUCUUCACGCAGUACUUCGAGUACAUCCCGAAGGCGGCGCUGGCGGCCGUCAUCGUGUCCGCCAUAUUGUUCAUGGUGGAGUACAACGUCAUCAAGCCGAUGUGGCGCGCCAAGAAGCUGGACCUGAUCCCGGGCGUGGGCACGUUCGUGCUGUGCCUCACGCUGCCCAUCGAGCUGGGCAUCCUCACGGGCGUCAUCGUCAACAUCAUCUUCAUCCUGUACCACGCCGCGCGGCCCAAGCUCUCUGUCGAGAUGCUCAAAACGGAGCACGGCGUGGAGUACCUGAUGAUCACGCCGGACCGCUGCCUCAUGUUCCCGUCCGUGGACUACGUGCGGCGCCUGGUCACCAAGCACGCCGCCAACAGCUCCGUGCCCGUGGUGCUGGAGUGCACGCACAUCUACAGCGCCGACUACACCGCCGCCAAGAGCAUCGAGCAGCUGACGGCCGACUUCCACGCGCGCCGCCAGCCGCUCUACUUCUACAACGUGAAGCCGUCCGUGUGCUCCAUCUUCGAGGCCGUGGCCAAGCCCGAGCACUUCGUCGUCUUCUACGAGGACGCCGAGCUGGACCGGCUGCUGGCCGCCGACGAGCGCCUGGCGCCCUCCAAGCCGCCGCCCGACCUCGCGCAUGCCUAAGCCGACCCGCGUCGACGCGUCGGGGCAGAGGCCCCAAGAGACUACAUAUUUUUUGAGAUUGACUUGACGGAGUGUGAUAUUUAGAUAAAACGAGACGUUAUAAUUAUACACGUAAGGAUAGCAACUAUAUCUAUACUGUAGUAGCGAACCGUAGGUGCGUUCCCUUCGAGCCGCCGAGCCAUCGGCGCACGAGCGCGUCGAUGUAAAAUUAUCUUGUUGUGUACAUAGAGAUACUUAUAUUUUGUAGACGAUAGAGGUUGAGAGCUUAUGGCUGUGCGAGCUGUGAUCCGCCCGAUCCGGCGGGCGCUAAUGUUGUGUGUGUGUGUGAGUCGCUCCUGCUGUCUCCGCGAGCGCUGAGCAGACACUCGACUAUAAUAUCAAACCUAAAUAUUACGAGUAGGGACUAAAGAGUAACAAAAAGUGAUAGCUAUGCAUAGAACUAAGCAUUGAUCUAUUUAUUAUUUGUAGGAAAUGAAGUACAAGUUAGAAUACUAUCAUUACUUUAUCGUUAAGAAUUUAAGAAGCAAGCUUUAACUGGCCCGUGGAGCAGGCGACACCCCGCACCGUACCGUGCCGUGCCGUGCCGUGCCGUGUCGUACCGUGUCGUGCCAUGCCGUGCCGUAUGCUCCUCGGUUCGUGUAGGACUUAUCCGUUAUUUUGUGAUCCUCUACUAAUACGUUAAGUAAUAAAUAUAUUUUGGAGAUAAUAAAAUAAAUUAUAAAUAUUAUGUCCUAAUAAUAUGGAAGUUUAUCUAAGUAACGAUUGUGAUUUACGGAUGUAUGAAUGUGAUGGUUGUUGUGCCGCGAAAGAUUAAAGAAUUUAUUCAGUCACCGUUCUAAGAACAAAUUCAAUAAACUCUUUGAGAGUAAUCGACA